AUGGUUUUUGUCAAACAAAAAUAUAGUAUUAAGAUAACCUAAAAGUGCAGUUUCUUAUUUAACUAACGAACGAUUUAUUGCCAUUAAUACGAUGUUUGGUAAUUUGCUAAGAACUACUAUAACCCGUUGCUUUCGCUCACAAAAUGUAGUCAAAGUUGCUGCUGCUCCAAUCAUCAGACGCGAAGUGCAUACUACAAACCCCUCAUAUGAUUUAAUGGAAUUCUUUGAUGACAAGAAAAAUUGGAAUGAAACUAAUAUCAGAGUUGGUAGAGCAUGGAAAUUGGAUGAAUUGCGAAUAAAAUCGAAUACGGAUUUACAUAAACUAUGGUAUGUACUGUUAAAAGAACGAAACAUGCUGUACACAAUGGAACAUGAAUGUAAGAACAAGAUGAGAUUGUUUCCCAAUCCUGAGAGAAUUGACAAAGUUCAAGAAUCGAUGGACCAUAUAGAGACAGUAAUAAGGGAAAGGAAUGUUGCUUACUACAAGCUGGAGACGGGAGAGACAGGUGAAAGGCCUGUUGAGGAUGUUGUUAACCUCUUUGGCUUACCAGACAAGCAUGAGAAAUCAGAGUAUCACAUCCCUCAGUUUAUGAACAAACGCUGGGUUAGACCUUACCUUGAAAAUGGUUUCAUAACCAGUGCAGCAGUCAAAAAGUUUUAUAGAUUGUAUAAAGAAAAAGAGUAUAACACUGCAAGAAAAGCUCGCAACCGGGACUUUAACCAUGUACAACAUUUGCUGAAGCGGUUCCCUGACCUGGAUAUGGAGAAACUAAAAGCUGAAUACCCUGAUGUGGAUAUUGAAAAAGCUAAAAGAUCCAAAAAAGCUAGAGGACAUUUUAUGCCAAAAUACUAAUUAAUUAAACAAUAAAUAGUGUAGUAAUA